AAAUGUGUCAAUCAACAUCGAACGAAACCGUAGCUUCAAACUCAAAACCAAUCAAAACAAAACCAAAACAAACUUAAACAAAGCAGUUUUCUUUGAUUUCUUUCGUUUUGCAUUCAAUACAAAUGUUUUGUUUUGAUUGAAAUUUCCGGAAUGUGAUCACUGGAAAAUGUAACAUAGGAGGAUAAAUACUUUUACCGAUAACUGCCACUUUAGGAAAAAAUGGAGAGCAAAUUGAAUAAAGUGGAACUUACCCUGUAUUUUUCACUAUGGAUAUUAGCAAAUUUAUUUUCGUUAUAUAAAUUGUUUGAAGCACAAUCAGAUAUGUUAGAAAAAAAUUCUGCAUUAUAUUAUACAAUAGACGAUUUAAAACCAGGAUGGAGAAUGAUCUCAAGGCUCAAGGAUGUGUCUGAUAUAGAGUGGAGUAGCUGGAAAUACUUCAUUCAGACAUUUUGGUUCGGUCUCAUAGUACAGUUCAUAAUUUCAGAAUUCAUUCGAAGAAAAAAUAUAUCUUUAUUGAAAUAUUGGUACAUCAUUUCUAGUAUGUUUUUUGUUACAUUCAACAUGGGAUACCGACAAUUGAUAGUGGUUAUGGCACAGCCUAUAAUAUUUUAUACAAUAAUUAUCUUUGGAGGAAAAAAAGUUAGCAUAUGGUUGACUGGUUUAUUUUUACUCAUUAGUUAUAACACAAUGAAAUAUAAGUAUUUUUUUUGGUAUUUUCUUGAAAAUGGUCAGCUCCAGGAUGAACAAGUGUUUCUUAUUUUAUUUACUGUAGCUUGGAUUGAACUGAGGUGUAUUAGUUUUUGCAUUGACUAUGUAGACAAGAUAGAUAAAUACAAGAAUGUGGAAAACAUGGCUUGUGCUCUACCUUCAGCAUGGGAAAUUUUAAUCAAUUUAUGUAGUUAUGUUCUGUAUUUGCCAUUAUUGUACAUUGGACCAAUGAUUCUUUAUGAAGACUUUGAACAGAGUUUUCAUGUGACCAGUGACAUAUUGAUGCCAAGAUUGAAGAGAUUUCUUUGGGAUGUGAUGCUCUUCCAGACUUACACUUUAUUGUUGGAACUAGCUUUUCAUUAUAUAUAUUUUUUAGCUAUGCAGAGUAAUAUGGAGGCAGUCAGAAACUUGCCAGCUCUAGCUCUUUGUGGUGCAGGCUUAUGGAUGGGCGUAGAGUUUCAUUUAAAGUAUGUUAUUUCUUAUGGAACUACAUCAGCAUUUGCGAGACUUGACCACAUGGAACCACCCCCCACUCCUCGAUGUAUAGCCCGAAUACAUGUUUAUUCUCAAAUGUGGAGAUAUUUUGAUGUUGGUCUUUAUAAAUUUUUAGUCAAAUAUAUCUACAAGCCAAGCUUUGCUACUCUCAUAGAUAAUUUCGUGCUCUCAAAAAUGAUGUACAAACUUCUUGCUUCCUUUGCCACAUUUUUAUUUAUUUUUAUGUGGCACGGAACUGCAUUGAACAUAUUGAUUUGGUCUGUUUUGAAUUAUUUAGGUAUACUAUUAGAACUUAUUGGUAAAGAAUUGUCAGGGACUUCGAAUUACAAAUGGUUCAAGCAAAAUGUAUUAAAGACAGACGAAAUGGAAAUUCGUUUUACUGCUUUGUUGUGUACUCCAUUAUUAGCUCUAUCAGCAAUUUCAAAUUUUUAUUUGUUUGCUGGUACAAAAGUAGGCAAUUUAUUCUUUGAAAAUUUCGCACAUCCUACAUUUUGUAAUUUUACUGUUAUUAGUCUAGCUUUAUACUCAUGUUGUCAUGUAUCAAUGGCUUUGAAAGAUAUUUCUCCUAGAACUGAUAGAAAGAAUAUUGCUGUCAAUAUGAAACUUAUUCAAUAGUGCCUUUAUAUAUAAUUUUCUGUGAUAUAUUUUAAUGACUAAUUUUAAGAUCAUUUUAAUAUGAACAAAUAUUUUUUAUUUAAUUUUUUUCUUACCUAGGCUUUUUUGAUCGUCAAUUUAUACCGAUUUUUAUAUUUCAUUUUUUUUACAAAACAUAUAUAUAUACAAAACUGAUAUUGAAAUUAUAAAGCUAAUAUUGUAUUACUAGGUAAAAACUUUGUAAAAAAAGAUUGACAACAGUGUGAGUUUUAUAUUUAAAAACAAAGUUUCAUAACAACAAUACUUAUUAAAAUAAAAUCACAGACAGCUUAUAAGUUAAUAAACAUAACAACUUAUAUGGCAAUCAGUUGGUAUGUAUUAGAUCCUUUCAAUAAUAAGUAAGAAUGUACAUGCAUAGCUUCGAUCAGCUCAUUAGCGUCACCAGGCACUCCGGCAGCCUUGUGUAUCUGUAUCAUUUCCUGUCUUGUGAAUAUAUCUUUGCCUAGUUGAUGCGAACGCCUUGUCAACGCGUCCAGAAAUUUCUUCAACUGAAAAAAUGUACAUGUUUAAAAUAAAUGAAAAACCAUUGAAUAAAAACUUAAAUUAUAAUAACUAAAUUUAAAAAAAAAUGCAAAUUGUACAGCCAAAUAAGGGGGUUGCCCCGCUGCAAUGUGCCCAAAAGGCUGGUAUAAUAAAACACGAGUAUUGACACAAUGUUACACAUAUUUUUUUAUAAUUUUAUAUCAGCUCUUUAUUGCCUAUGUUUUCCUUGUAAUGUAUACUUAUUAUUCAGUCAAGACACAUUACCCACCAAAUAAUGGAUAAUUUUCCUUAUUUUAUUUUGUUCAAAAUUCAAUCAGUAUUAAUAGUUAUUAAGUGCUAAAUAAAUUUUACAGUGAAAAUA